UGUUGACGCGACAUUUAUUUUUAAGCAAAUAUCCAUUUUUGUCUUAACAAUUUAUGUAAAGACCAAUUAGCAAUCACUCAUUAGUGAGGAUUCUUGAGACCAAAGUGUUAUAUUUCCUCAUCUUCAUGGUUUUGAUUGAAUAAUCGCGCGACAUUCUCAGAAUUGAGAUUCGAUUGAUUUUUUUUUAGGUUAGACGUAACCUCCUCUCAAUGAAAUUGUAAACAAUUCUUUGUGCAUAAAUAUAUAUAUAAGUUUUUUUUGACAACUUUAAAAAUGAGCGGCUAACGCAAGUUUUUUUUAAAAUGUCUCAAUUGGAAUUAUCGGAAACCAAUAUUGAUCGGCAGAAAAACGAACUUGCUGUACUGAAGUCAAUUUUUGGAGACGAGUUACGGGACUUACGUAAAAAUAAGCAAAAAAAGAAAUGGCAAGCUCUGGACAUUUUAAUAACUUUAACACCUCAAACGGGAAUGUCAGGACCUUCACCAGUUUAUGCUCAAAUCGACUUAAGAGUUACUUGUGGCGAAGAAUAUCCUGAAGAAGUUCCUAGAAUUCAAGUAAAAAAUACUCUUGGUCUCUCGCACAAUGACAUAGCCGUUCUCGUAUCGGAAAUUGAAGCUCUUGCUCAAAAUCUUCGAGGUGAAGUUAUGAUUUUCGAAUUGGCUCAGCACGUCCGAAAAUUCCUUUGCGAACAUAAUAAGCCUGGAUUCAAUAGUUUUUACGAGGAGAUGAUGCUGAGAAAACAGGAGAAGAUUCAGUUUGAAAUGCAAGAGAAACAGAUAAAAGAAGACAAAGAAAGACAAGUAUUACAUGAUGAGAUUCAGAAGCGGCAAGAAGUUUUAAAAGCAGAAUUGCGAAAUCGAAAGGAAUCCGCUCGACUUUCUUUGGAUUCGGAAUCAUUUUCCCGCUCGAUACCUUCAUCACCUCGCGAAAGAGUUCGAACCUAUUCAAGACGCAGGUGUAUGAGUACUUCCGAAAGCUUUGAAAAUUCGAGUUGUGAGCAUCGAGGAACGAAACUGAUUGAUUUCGAUUGUAACAAAGGCGAAAGAAAAGUUCAUCGAGGAAGGUGCUUGGGCCAUAGUUCAAAAGGUUCGGUUGUCUAUGCGGCUUUGGACAUUGCGACUGGAGAACUUCUCGCGGUUACGGAGUGGACCUUGAAAUACACUUCGAGAGAGAAUAAUGAGGGGCCUGAAAAUCCGAAUGAUUUGCAGCACUUCAUGAAACAAAUAGGGACCAUCGAGCAAGAACUGAAUCAUCUUUAUAAGUUGCAUCACUUGAAUCUCGUUCACUAUUUAAAUAUGAAGUCCAUAGCAGAUGAAAACUGUAUCGUUAUUUAUAUUUUGCAAGAAUUUGUGGUCGGAACAACCUGUUCUCUCUUUUUUACUGACAACACUCCAGUAGGAAUAGAUAUGCUCCGGCAUUUAGCAACCGGAAUUUUAUCGGCAUUAAACUAUUUGCACGAGAAUAACGUAGUUCACAAAGAUAUUAGAGACUCGACUGUCCAUAUUGAUCGCUCCGGAAUUAUAAAGUUAUCUGACUAUUCUCUUGAUAAAAGACUUUCGGAUGUCUACCAAGCCAGUUGUCUCGCUAAGACUGAGGACGAUUUCCCAACAAUUCAAGGAAGAAGUGGCAAAAAGCUGGAUAUUUAUAGAUUUGGAAUUUUGCUUCUUUCACUACUGAAGGGUUUUAUUGUCUCGGAAAAGGAACUGGAUCUGGAUUCGACUAUCCAGGCAAAUCUUAAAGACUUCUUGUCCAAAUGUCUCGUGAAAGACGAACGGAAUCGUUGGUCAACAGACCAAUUAUUAGAGCACAGUUUUAUCCGUACGCCCCUUGAUCGCGGAUUAUCGCCUCCCAGGCAAAAUCAAGAUAAAGAAGAGGAUGAUUCAGAUUCGGAAGAACCGGUCACAGCUGUUCAUAUUCACCCUCUGGCUUCCGGUGGUCAGUCAAGAAUUCACAAUGAAUUUGAAGCAAUUAAAUGGCUGGGGAAAGGUGCCUUCGGCGAUGUUUUAAAAGUGAAGAAUAAACUCGAUGGUUGUGUUUAUGCCAUCAAGCGAAUCAAAUUGAAUCCGAAGAACAAGCAACUCAACCGAAAAAUCACAAGAGAAGUCAAAUUGUUGUCAAGAUUACAUCAUGAAAAUGUUGUACGAUAUUAUAAUUCUUGGAUUGAAAGUGCGACACUUGAUGAUCGUGCUUUGUGUUCGGAUUCAACUCCUGUCGAUACUCCUUCGAAUAUGCCGAGUGAGGAAAACACCCGGGAAGUUGUCGAUACUUCAAACAUGGAUUUCAGUAUGGGAAGAGGCGACAAAGAAGAUUCUUCCGACGGCAUUGAGUUCGAAAAAGUUGGAGAUUCAAACAAUAUUGAAUCCGUGUCGAACAGUAGCGAAUCCGAAGGGAAAUCUGAUCCACCAAAUGGAGAUCUUUCUUCUCCCAAGAUAAUUCAAUUCAUGUAUAUCCAGAUGGAAUUCUGUGAAAAAAGUACGUUGAGAACAGCCAUUGAUAGUGACUUGUAUCAAGAUGAAGAUCGAGCUUGGCGAUUAUUCCGUGAAAUCGCCGAAGGUCUUGGCCAUAUUCAUCGACAAGGGAUGAUACACAGGGAUUUGAAACCGGUGAAUAUUUUUCUUGACAGUAAUGAUCAUGUGAAAAUUGGAGAUUUUGGCCUAGCGACUACCAAUAUUCUUUCUUCACUUACACAAACUGUGGAAGCUAGUCGCGAGCCAGUUGCAGAAAAAGCUGCUAAUGAUGAUCAGGAAGAUUUGGGAUCCCUAACAGGAGAAGUCGGAACAGCUUUGUAUGUCGCACCCGAACUCACCAUGAAAACAACGAAAGCCAUUUACAAUCAGAAGGUUGACAUCUACAGUCUUGGGAUCAUAUUUUUCGAGAUGUUUUAUAAGCCACCGGAAACCGGAAUGGAAAGGGUCCAAAUAUUGUUGAAUGUUCGCUCGAAAGAUAUAAUUUUGCCUGAAGAUAUGACCGAAGCAGACAUGCCGAACCAAGUUCACCUUUUAAGGUGGCUAUUGAAUCACGACCCUAGUCAAAGGCCCACAGUGCAAGAACUUCUUGCCUCCGAGUAUCUUCCGCCCCCGCAAGUAGAAGAAGCCGAAUUCCAGGAAAUGAUUUGCCACACUUUAUCAAACAAGCAGAGCAAGGCUUACAAAAACAUCGUUGAUCGUUGGUUCACUCAAGAAUUCACACCAGCCGAAGACAUCACUUUUGACAUGAAUCUGACCACCAAAGGGGUCGUGACAUCUCUCUUGCCUCGAAUACAGUUCUACCAUGAAAGCAUCAAAGCUAAAGUCGUCAAGGUUUUUCUCAAACAUGGUGGGGUUUAUCUCACGACUCCGUUCUUAAUGCCAAAAUCGGCUCACAUAGAGAAUUACACGGAAAACUGUGUUAAAAUGAUGACUCGCAGUGGAAGUAUCGUUUCCAUGCCGUAUGACCUUCGAGUUCCCUUUGCGAGAUACGUCGUGUGGAAUAAUAUUCAGCACGCCAGGAGAUAUGCGAUUGAGCGCGUCUUCAGAGAAACAAAGGUGCACGGUUUUCAUCCGAGGGAACUUUUCGAGUGCGCCUUCGAUGUCAUCAGUCCAGCCUCAAAUAAUUUGAUGGAGGAGGCAGAAAUGAUUUCAAUCGUGUACGAGAUUACAAAUGAAAUUCCGGAAUUUGGUGAUAAGAAUUUUACUGUCAGGCUGAAUCACACCUCUCUUCUCAAAGCAGUUUUGAUGUACUGUGGAAUCGACAGUGAGAAAUACCAGGACCUCUACUCGAUUCUCUGUGAUGCUCGUGAUGGUAAAAUUUCUCAGUUUCAAGUUCAGACGCAUCUCAUCAGUUUGUGUCUUACCGAUCAGGCAGUCUUGACACUCUUCAAUCUUUUGGAGACUGAAAAUUCGAUUGAGAAAAUCGCCGGGGUUUUGAAAACCAUCACGAGGAGAAAAGGCGACGCUGCUGCCUUGGCAAGAGAAGGACUUAGGGAAGUCGAAACUGUCAUAGCUAAUGCCGAAGCCCUCGGAGUAAAGUGGCCGAUAACAGUCGUUCCUCUUCUCGUUCACAAUAUCGAGCAACAUAGUGGAAUAAUUUAUCAAAUAAUAACCCGUGAGUCAAAGCGUAGGAGGAAAGGAGGGCAAGAUGUAAUUGCCGCCGGUGGACGAUAUGACAAACUUCUGAUGUCUAUCCGGCAAGUCCUAAAAUGUACACCAUUGGCCAGCAAGGAAUUAAAGCAAUCCGGAGUUGGCAUCCGCAUUUCCCUCGACAAAUUAAUAUCCCUUGCAGAUGAAUUGGGUAAUAAUCAGGAAUCGCGGGUCGAGGGUAAAUUCGCCAUUGUUGUUUGCUGCGUUGGUGGCAUUCCCAAACGAGAAAAAGAAAUGGCUGAAGUUCUGCGGGAACUCUAUGCAUUAGAUUUUCGGGUCACUUUCUUAGAUCUUUCCACCGCUGAGGAAGUUAUGGAUUAUUGUCUGAAAAAUGCGAUUGAUCAUGUUGUGAUGCUGAAGAGCGGAGAGAAGGGAGUUUUGAUGGUGCAAACUUGGGACAAGGACCGCUUUCAAGAAAGAAAAAUUAGCAUAUAUGACCUGACGGAGUAUUUGCAGAAGCAGACGGAAUUUGUUACGCCGGGAUUGAAUAGGUCGGAAAGCAAGACGAAUACAAGUAACGAAUUCUCGACCAGUAUUCCUGUGAAUGUUAAUAUCAACUUUGUGCUGGCUGACAAAGACAAAUUUUUGGGAAGUGCAAGGAAGAGCUACAAGACCUCAAUACUCACGCAGAUAUCAUCACUUUUGCAGAGGAUCUCGCAUAAGGUUCGUGUGGAGGUAUUUGCUGUAUUUCUUGAACUGGCUGUGCUUCGAUCGAUUACUAAUUUCCUGGAUGUAGAUGAAGAAGAGAACAUGUUCGAGAAAAGUAUUCAAGUAGUUAUAGAUAUGUUUCCUCGACACAAAGAACACAUAAAGCUUAUUUGCGAGGAAAUUCAGGAAGUACGAAAUGAAAAAAAUCGUCCUGCGAUCGUUCUUUACAGUUUGACAGAACGACGUUUUAUGACUUUAAUUUAAUAACUGAUAUAUAAUAAUAAAUUAUUAUUAUAGAGUCAGCAAGAAGAGAAUUACAACAAAUGUACAAAGUAGAGAAAUAACAUCUAUUUUUAUGAAUUUUGAAGAAUAUUGUCUUCAGCACUUGUUUCUGUUAUCAUUUCUCUCAAACUGUUUCUUUGUGCGGAAGAGAUAAGAAGACUGAUUUUUUCAAACUAAUCUAUUUUAUUGUAUAAAUGCAGAUUUAUUAAUUGGCACGAAAUCAUUGUACAGUCAUCGCAGAAACACUGGAAAAUCAGAAUACGCUGCUCAAAGUGAAUUUUUAUUGUUAAUUUUUCAAUCUGCGGAAUGAAUUUCUUGUUUGGACCAAAUGCGUUACUUUUGAUAAACGUAUUUUUUAUAAGUA